CGGCCCCGUGUGGCAGGAGGAGAGCGAAACACGACACCCCGACAGAGAAAGGGGGGGGGGGUUGUUGAGAGAACACGAAGAAGUGAGUGAGUGAGUGGAAAAAGAAAAAGUGUGUGCCGGAGAAAGAGAGGGGCAGAGAAAGGAGAACAGAGUUGGCUUUGCUUUUUGAGUUGCUUUCAGAAGCGUCGUUGUUUGGACUGUCGGUAAGGAUGAUGAUGUGGAGGAGGAAUCGACCAUGCGACACGGUUGCAACAAACGGGAUGAACAUUUAGACUCUCCGCAUUCCGCUGCUCCACACCGACCGACCGCAGCACGGCUCCUACAAACUCUGCGCCAUUCGGACCCGGGACACUGGAUUUCCCCCCAGGCUCGGGGCAACUUUUCACACAAGACUCCUUGUACUUCAACUUAAAUACCCCGGCUAAAACUUUUUCAGCAAAAGCCAAUGUGUCGAAUUAAAACGCCGAGCCGCGUGUGAAGUUGGCGGUUAGUUCUCUGAAGUUGGAGCGAGCCCGUAGUGAAGACAGGUUCUCCUCUAACACUUGUGAGAACAACACCGGAGGAAGGAGUGGGGUGUCACUGCUAACUUCGCUAGCAAACUUAGCUAGCCAAGUCUAAAGUUACGAGUCGACGGGGAAAGUGUCUGAAGCAAUAAGACGAAGACGACAACAAAGAUGAAAACGUCGGCAGACCCGGGGUUUGCCUUUCCGGAUUGGGCCUACAAGCCCGAGUCGAGCCCGGGCUCCAGACAGAUCCAGCUCUGGCACUUCAUCCUGGAGCUGCUGAGGAAGGAGGAGUACCACGAUGUCAUCGCCUGGCAGGGAGACUACGGAGAGUUCGUCAUCAAGGACCCGGACGAGGUGGCCCGCUUGUGGGGGGCCAGGAAGGCUAAACCGCAGAUGAACUACGACAAGCUCAGCCGAGCUCUGAGAUACUACUACAACAAAAGGAUCCUCCACAAGACCAAAGGCAAGAGGUUCACCUACAAGUUCAACUUCAACAAACUAGUGCUGGUCAACUACCCCUUCAUCGACAUGGGCUCUGGUAGGGUCCCUCAGAGUGCCCCUCCAGUGCCAACCGGAAACAGCCACUUCCGUUUCCCCCCCUCCACACCCUCAGAUGUGCUCUCCUCCAAUGAGGAGCUGCGCAGCCCCGGCAUGUUCAGCAGCGUGGCUCGCCGCAUGGCUCGCGGCUCUGUGAGCGACUGCAGCGACGGCACAUCCACCAACUCUGAGCUGGAGGAGGCCAUGGGGGCCGAGGAGCGAGGCGCGGGGCCGGACCGGGCCUACAGGGGUCUGCUGCCCCCCCGCCUGCCGCACGACUCUCUAUUCAGGAUCUACCCAGCAGUCCUCGGCAGGCACGGCCCCAGGGUGCACCCAGAUUCCCUGUCUCCUUUCCCCGUCUCCCCCCUGCCCGGCCCUGGUGGGCUCCUGGGCCCAAAUCUGUCCCCAGCCCUCUCCAUGACCCCCACCCCCCACAUGUCCUACACCCCCUCUCCCUCCAUGUCCUCUCCGAUGUUGGGCUCCCACUUCUCCUUCAACCAGGAGGACAUGAAACACUACCUGCAGGCCCACACCCAGUCCGUCUACAACUACCACCUCAGCCCCCGGGCCUUCCUCCACUACCCAAACAUUAUCAUCCCCCAGCCCCACCGCCCCACCCCGGAGAAGGCGGCCGCCCAUCACCUCCACUGCCCGCCCCUGCCGCUUUCUCAUCCGCUCAGCCAGCAGUCAGCAGGCGGCGACGAGAGGGAUCAGCACCCGUCACCGUUCAAGUUCAAGCUGCAGCCGCCGCCGCUCGGGCGCAAGCAGAGGGACUCUGGGAGCUCAUUGGCUGGUGCCUCGUCCUCCUCUUCCUCCAGCCAGUCCUCCUCAUUCACAGGGUCAAGUCAGAUAAUCAACUCCUCUUUGGCUACGGGGCCUCCUAAGAUCAAGGUGGAGCCCAUAUCAGACAUCGACUCGGAAGAGGAGGUGCAGGUGACCGACAUCAGCGAGGAUGAUGAGCUCAAUCACAGUGACGAGGAGGAACAAGGUGGCAUUUUCACACCGACAGCUCAUCACUAUCACCAUCAGCUCAACAGCCAUCUCCGGGCCAACGGAAACAUGAGCAGCCUCUCCGCGCCUCCACACAGUCACCCUGAAGAAGACCCCGACGAUGAUGUCUUCAAGACCCCUGCCACUCCCCCCAUCGGCAGUAGCAGCAUCGGCAGCAGCAGCAGCAGCAGCAGCAGCAGCCAGGCCUUCCCCCUGAUCAACCUGAAGAGCGAGCCAGGCCACGUGGCUCCCAUCAGCCCCUGCAUCCCGCUCAAACUGCGCUUCAAACGCCGCUGGAGCGAAGACCAGAAGAUGGAGGCGGACGGAGAGAGGGGCGAGGCAGAGGAUAAGAAAGUGAGAGCUGACAGAGAGGAGGAGGAGAAAAGAGUAGGGCAGGCAGAGAACGGGGGAGGAAGAGGAGGAGCGGGAGGUGUUAUUUUGGGGUUGAUGCUGCCACCGCCUCCCACCCAGCGCAGAGCGAGCUCGGAGCUGCAGAGGGCCACGGCGCAGCUGUCACUGGAAAACACUGGCUGCUGAACACACAUACACACAGGGGAGUCAAAACACACACACCCUUAGUCUAGUCCACACACUUAAUGGAGUGCAGCAGGAAUGAGUCCUAAACCCUGGAAAGCAUUCUUGUCCUUCAGGUCCCAUGCCCUUUUUUGACUGUGCUAUCCACAAGCCUUAAAUAAGGCCUGUGGUUAACACAAGCUUAAGAGAUUUUCACAUUUGUUUUACGACAUAAAAUACUUCAGCAAAAUACCUCAUUAGUGAGCUGGAAGGUUUUACAUGUCUUAAAACUUUAAACCUUCAAAGCGGGUCCCUAACAAGUGGCUAAAUGAGACUACAGAGUUUGUCUGGGACCUUUCACCUUUUCAUCAUCAUCCCUGCAGCGCUCUAUGGGUUUAGACCAUAAUGCCUCGUGGUAACUUGACAGCAGUAGUGUGCAUAAUGCUGGAAAAUAGAGAUAGUGACUGAAAGGUGAUUCUAGAAACACACUUAUAUUUUGUCUGAAUUUGUACAUGUGUCAUAUGUAGGACAUGCUCCUACAUGACACAUGUUCACAAUAUAGUAAAAACAAGAUGUUUCCAUAGUUACUUCUCAAGUUUCGUCACUGUUUUAGCAGCAUCAACACACUUUCCCUUAGCACCUUCCUAUGGUCAGUACUGUGAGCUACCAGACAUUAUGGCCUGUGUCGGGCCAUACAGCCUGCUGUGUGUGUGUAGCCUCUAAUGUACUGCAAGCCAAGCCCCAUCAAACAUGACCAGCAGACAGUGUUCUUGCUGUGACUGACAACAUUGAGAGAUAAUCCAACUUUAUUCUGACUAACUUUUAACUAAAGAGUCCUACAAAGAGGGGGUCUUUAUCUCUUAGGACUUGCACAUCGCCCUCAUAGUGCCAGUUAAAUCACACCAGUGCCCAGAUAAUGUAUUCACAACUGGUCUAUUUGUUUAUCCGGGGCAGUGGAAUAAAUCAUCCUAAAGGCAGCCUGCAUCGUACAGCAGUAGAACUUCUCACCUUGUACAGACAGAUCCUAACGUUACUAAAACCUUUCAUCAGCCCCGAUAGAGAUUACACAAGUGCCUCUCUGUCCUCACCCAGCAGUCGUUUCCAAGAUGAAGAGCAUCCAAAGGGGGAAGAAAAGACCUUGCUCCGGUGGGCCUCAGACUGAAGAGGGUGAUUAGAAAACGCUCUCCAGUCACGGCCUUUUCUCCAGGAAAAAACCUUGGACACUAUGAGGCUGCACCAAGGCCACGUUCCUCAUUCACUACAGUGUAUAAAGACAUGAAAUGAGGCUGGUGUUAUACAUGUUGAAGACAGUCAAACUAGGCACGAUGGAAGAUGGAGAUUGUGAUGAACUGACCUGCCACAUGAGACGUUUGUUAGCCAGUGAAUGGACGUGUACAGAGAAAACAAACCUGGGUCUUUAAAGAAAAAGCCGGUUCUAUCUCUCCUUUUUCUCUCAUUGAGGAAAUGAGGAAGCAGCUACUUGAAAGGCUGUAAUUACAGACACACUUGGUCCUGAAUGUGUGUGCGUAGAGAGCUGGUGUCAAAAAGAAACCCUAUGCCUCGAGGAUACAGCGUUUUGUGUCUUUGUACAAUCUUUGGAGGGUUCUGAGGGCAUUCGUCGUGUUGUCUCCCUCUAACACAGAUCUGCAGCUCUCUUCUGCAUUCCCCCCAUCUGUUUCAUUUUGAAAAGACUGUAUUCUUUCUGUCAAAGGACAUGGACAGUAUUUUAGGGCAUUUGCAGUGAUCUGAGGUCUUUCUGUAUUUUGGUGAUAACAGUGGUAUCUGUUCACGUGAUGCGAUGAUUGAAGAGAUCUGAUUGGUCUAGGUGAGAGAAAGCAUGUAAUGAAUGUCGAGCAUCAAGGUUAACUCAGGCUAAACCCCUCACUGAGAUAGCGAGAAACAUAUUUUUAUGACAUUUUAUUAAGUAAGAAGACCCAUUUUAACGAACAAACUAUCCCAAAUAAGAUUGUGCCUUUUUUUUAAAGCCAACAAAGACUUUUAUCAAGCUACCCCCAGCAAAAUAUUUUAUCACACACACUACCACCAUGCCUUCUGUUUUUUGUAAAAGAGAGAUACAGAAUAAGUAAAUCUACACAUAUAUAUUUUAUUCAAAUAUAUAUUGAAUUCAAAUAUUAUAUUCAAUAUGCUCAUUUGAUACAGAUCGGGAAAAUCCUACUAUUUUUAAACGGUAAAAGAUAUGUAUAUAUUCUAACGGGGCAUAUUAUUACCAGUAUAAUUCAGCCUAUGCCUUCUCACCCUUGCCUUCUCUUGACCGUUGAGCUGCAGUGACAAAGGCCACCGGUGUCAGAGUUAUAUAUUUAUAUUGUACAAAUAUUAAAAAAGACAGUUAUUGUGUAUUCAGGGGAUGAGGAUAAAUGGGUGAGCAGAAUUUUAACCACACCUGGGUCGAAUUGUAUUUACUUUGUUGGUCGGAGUGUUUGUUAUACCAUACCUGGAGUAGCAGAUUUGCCGGGGUUUACAACAUGACACAGAUAGGAGAACCCCACCAAAAAUAAACACCAGAGUACUUCUGAUUAAAAAAAUAAAUAAAAAAGUGGCGCUGGUCCAAACUUAGAGAGGGUUACGGACUUGCUUGUUCUGAUUAAAUGCGAGGAUUCUGAUUGGCCGACAGCAGGUGUUCACGUUACCUCACAGGACCGCAGCUGCUGAUAAGACUGGACUUUGGUUGGAGCGUGGACUCUAGCGGCUUUGUGUCAACUGGGUGUGUGAACCCUGCCCAUUCACACACACACACACACCCUGCCCUGGUUACAGUAAGGCUUUACUGUGGCUAGAAUAAAAGAGAAACAUGACAUCACACGUGACAUCAGACGCCCCCGCAGUCUCUCUGGAGUAGACGGCAAACCAAAGACACAUUUACACACACACACACACAGGAAAUGGCAUCACAAAACCUCGGAGUGGAGAGAAAGGGACUUCCCAUAACCUGACUCGCUCAUUUUGCGCUGUGUGUAUGUGUGUUUUCUAUGGUUAUGCCGUCUACACACACCCACACCCUAUCACCUUAUACAGUCCCACUUUAUUUUGACAUUUUUCUUUACCAGGCACAAAAACACUAAAUCUAUCCUUUUAAUUGUCGACAAAGUCAGCAUUAAAAGUGUCAAACCUCCUUUUUUUAAUGUCAUUUUCUUUCAAUAAAAAUCGCUUUAAGUGCCAGAUAAAGAAAUAUAUUUUAGCUAUAUAGAAUGUAGCAGUUUAAAAGAGUGUCUGGUAAAGAUAAACACCGAGUCGUACCCGCACUGCUGCACCUGUGCUGCCUUACCUUUCAUGGUCUCGAACAAAAAAGAGAACAACUUUUCCCCCAAAAUUCCCCUUAAUUCCCUCAAUGCUGUUCUUAUUUGUUUCUGUGUUUUUUCAGACAUAUUACUGUUUUGAUUAUUUUGUACCCUCUUGCCCAUGGCCCGGUCUCUUCUCAUGAAUACUGUAUGUUUUUUGUUCCACUCUUUCACAUUAACUUCAACUAGUUUUAAGUGCAGUCUUUUUUUAUAACCAUAUUAACAUGGACAAGAGGAGGGUCACUUAAUCCCCACAUGAUAUAGAGCAGGGGAAGAAACUUUUUUUUUAAUGUUGUAUAUAUAUUUUUUCCAUUUUGGAGCAUUGUGUAAGAAAAAAAGCUUUGUACUGUUUAACCAUUUUAUUUUGGCUCCCUUCUCCGUCUCUGCUCUCACGUCCAACCCGACUGUGAGCUGUCACUCCAGAGGAGAGAUGGAGACUUUUUGUUUUCAUCCCGGAGGAACCACCUGUACUAGUUUCUCUACUCUCUGUUCAUCUUCAUUUGUAAUUAAACAAUAAUCAGGGUUCAUUAAAAAAGGUAAAAAUGGA